AUGUAUACUUCGCCGACACACAAUGCUAUGGUCUAUGAUAGUCCGGGCACGGUGUCGUUGAAAGUCGCCAAAGUCUCCACCCCAACGCCAGGAAGUGGCCAAGUGCUCUUAAGACUCAGCCAUUCAGGCGUUUGCCACUCAGAUUUUGCUGUCAUGACAAACGCGUGGCAGUGGCUGCCGGAUCUUGGCCGCAAUGAUCAGGUCGGUGGGCAUGAGGGGGUGGGUGAAGUUGUUCAGUUGGGGCCGGGUCUCGAGGACGGAAGAGUCAAAGUCGGUGACCGAGUGGGUGUCAAGUGGCUCGCCUCGGCCUGUCUGCACUGUCCAGCUUGUAUGACUGGACUCGAAGGCUCAUGCUUUACGCCUACUAUUUCGGGCUACUCAGUCCCUGGGACAUUCCAGGAGUAUGUACUGGCCCCAGCAAACUACGUGACACCCAUUCCCGACGGGUUAGCGUCAGAGCUGGCUGCACCAAUGCUCUGCGGCGGCGUCACCGUCUAUUCGGCAUUCCAGAAAUCCCGGGCCAAGGCUGGCGAGUGGGUGGUGAUCUCUGGAGCCGGAGGUGGCCUGGGAUCUCUGGCUUGCGAAAUCGGGAGCCGUGGGAUGGGACUCAGAAUCCUGGGCAUCGACUCUGCAGAAAAGGAGACACUCGCCCGCGAAUGUGGAGCCGAGGAGUUUCUGCCCCUGGACCGGUUUCCUCGCGGGGCCGAAGGCAACCAAGCCAUGGCCGAGGAGGUCAAGAGGAUCACGGGGGGAGGUGCUGCUGCGGUCUUGGUCGUCACUGCUGCAAACGCGGCGUAUGCACAAGCGAUUGAAUUCUUGAAAUUUCACGGCACACUUGUGGCAGUCGGUGUCACCCCCGGAGAACAGGUUCCAAUCGAAAACUGUAGCGCCAAUCGACUCAUCGUAGGUCAGCUCACAGUUACGGGCUCCUCGGUGGGGAACCGAAAGGAAGCUAUUGAGGUGCUAGAUAUGGCGGCGCGAGGGAUUGUGAAGCCAAAAAUCACCAUUCAUAGGCCAUCCGAGCUGAAGGACAUCUUCACUCGUAUGCACAGUGGAGAGCUUCUGGGAAGGGCUGUUCUAUCAUUGGGCCGGGAGGACUGGGAAACAUAA